UCUGUGUGUGUGUGUGUGGGCGAUAUAUCUGCGUGUCUCUGCAUCUGUCUGCGCGCUUGUGCUGGCACUUGUUUUCCUUUAUGUAAUUUCCUUGCAAAUUAUUUUCUUAAUACCCAACUCUCGGGCCUAAUUCAAUUUGCGGUUUUUUUUCUUUCUUUCUUCUCCUUAACCGAAACGUUCCCAGCGGAAUGGCCUUUGGAAUGCGGAAUGAUGAUACCCGUAGUUGGUGGCCGGGAUAGCCACAAAUUUAAAUUUGUAAGUACUUGAGUAGUAAAGUGGUUCUCAGAGGAAUGUGGGAAUCUAAGAAACUUAGGGCUGUGGCUUGUAAAGUUCUUAGUAAUUUGGGAGAAGUUAUAGUGAGAAAACGGUAUUUGUUUAGUAUUUUUUUGUCUCCUAAUAUGCAAUAUGAGCUUUUGUUAGUAUAUUUUAUACCAAAACAAAUCCGUAACUAAGUGAGUUAAGCUAUUCCACUUUUUCAUGCCCAUUUUAUUAGUUUUAUUUGGCAAAAAUGAUUCUCUUAUGGCUAAUAGUAGCUUAUAUAUUAUUCUAUAAUCCAGCAGAAUUUUCCUUUCUUAAGGUUUGCAAUCAAGGUGGCUCCUGUGUGAUCGAGAAAUGGAGGAACAAAACCCACUGGAAUAUCAAGUGCAUGGAAUGGAUUGAGUUAGAGAAAGACGAAGUUGAUAGUUGUCCAAAGCCCUGGAAAUGUUGCCAUACUACGGAGUACGAGAAGAGGAUUCCCUUUCCGAAUUAACCGUGAAGCCCUAAACUCAAGCUUAACAAAGUGACAAUAACUUAAAAACUGGUUUCCAAUUUUAUGACCCAUUAAAAUUUAUAUGGCCAAAACAAAAGGGCACGAGCUGGUUUUGUUCUUCUGCGAAAAGGUAUUAACAAAAGGCUGUCAUAGAAGAUUAUUCAAGAAAACUCAAUUUAAAAUUUGUUACGUAUGUAAAAAUAACACCAGCGGAA